AUGUUCUCACUGCUUUAUACCGUUUUCAGCCUCCUAUCGUUCGUGAUAAGGGUCAUAAUAAUUUCCCUAUAUGAAACUUCGCGGAAGUGGUUGUUUAAGAUAGACCCAGAUGCCUUCCCCAGGAUACCUCGGCAUGUUACCGUAGACAAUUUAGCGAGUGCAAAGGAUAUUAGCGAAAUAGCAGCAGCAAAUGGGUAUAUUAUCAGAGAACACGUAGUGACAACAAGAGAUAACUACCUUUUGGUCAUUCAUAAACUUGAAAAACGAGAUAGUUCAUCUUCAAGAACCAACUCAAGAAGACCUACCAACACCAAGCUAGAGCUGAAAGUUGCGUACUUCCAUCACGGAUUAUUGACCAAUUCAGAACUAUUUUUACUCGGCUCAGAAAAGAAUAAAAACUUACCGUACUUGCUUGUAGAUUUAGGAUAUGAAGUAUGGUUGGGGAAUAACCGUGGUAAUAAAUACUCAAGAAAGCACUUGAAAUUGUCAGUGUCUGAUAAAAGGUACUGGAAUUAUUCGCUUGAUGAAUUUGCGCUUUAUGACAUACCCGAUACUCUUAACUAUAUCAAAUCAUUUUACUCUUAUGACAAAAGUUGUAAAAUAAUAUAUGUUGGGUUUAGUCAAGGAUGCUCACAAUUGUUUGCCAGCUUAAGUUUGAACCCGACUUUGAACGAUAGUAUAAGCCUUUUCGUUGGGUUGUCUCCUGCUAUUAUCCCAAGAGAUUUAAACCACACAUUGCUUAAGGUUAUCGUAAACCAAACUGCAAAUGACAAUAGCUUCUUGUAUAGCUUAUUCGGUGAAAGAGCCAUUCUACCAUCCGUCUCCUUUUGGUGUUGGCUCAUGGGUCCCGAGUUAUACCAAUUAGUCGUAGACCAGUCACUACAAUUUCUUUUCGGUUGGAGCUCGAAGAACAUAUCGCCAAAACAGAAAAAGGUGGGCUAUAGUCAUAUGUUCCUGAAUUCGUCCGUUAAGUCCAUUAUCCAUUGGUUUCAGAUAAUUUCCUCUAGAAGGUUUCAAAUGUUUGACGAAACUUGCAAUAUCGGACUCUCUGGGCUUUCAACAUUGUCACACGAUCUGAAAUUAACCACUAGUAGAGUUGCACCAUUCCCGAUAUCACAUCACCUUGAUGUUCCUAUGGUGCUAGUUUACGGGGACAGUGAUAUAUUGGUUGAUAUUGAGAGUACGAAAGAUUUAAUAUUAUCGCAAAAUAGCAUCAUGGCGUCGAAGCUAUUGGAAACUAUCGGGUGUCCUACGUACGAGCAUAUGGAUACUCUAUGGGGAGACACUGUAUAUGAGACGGUGUUCAAAAAGGUGAUUGAAUAUAUGGAAAACAGUCACCUUUACGAAGACGAUCGUUUCUAUGAUAGAAAAGAGAAAGAGACGGUUAACGGAAAAGCUGAUGUAUAUCUUCAGAAGAGUAACUUCAUCUUAAUUUAA